CGCCGUCACGCGAGUCCCGUCUGUGCCUGCUUUUGCUGUGUUCAUCUAUUCUUUUUCGGAAAAAGCAGGCCCAGUGAUCCGGCCAAAGAAGAAAGUGAUAUGCAAAGAUCGCUUCUGCCAUGGCAUCGUCACGUCUCCAAAACAAGCUAUAUUUAUUUCUCUCGACGCUUUUUGCACGGUACCUCGACGCAAAGUAAACGAGUCACCCACGCUCACUUCAACGACAUUUUCCCCGCCGAUAACCACCACCACACAUCAACGUCUAGCCACGAAGCCCUUCAGGAUUCAAUACAUCACACUGCUCAUCCGGCUUCACUCCUUGAAUCGUGUAAAACAAAAGAGGAAAUAGCCUGUGAACCGCUGACACCAAGACAUGCCUCGACCGGAUCUGUGGUUCUUGAUGCAGUGCGCGAAUAUACCCGCCAGUAUCCUCUCUGUGUUUUACUGGUGCAAGUGGGCGAUUUUUACGAGUUGUAUGAUACCCAUGCCGCUCGUUAUGCGUCGUUGCUGGACUUGAAACUGACUCGAAAAGAAGUGGCUAGUGGCGUCGUAGUGGACUUUGCAGGAUUUCCCUCACGAUCGCUCGAGAAGUAUUUGGAUAUGCUUGUCAACCAUCAUCAAUGUCGCGUUGCUCUUUGUGAACAGUAUACUGUCGCUCCUUCCCCGGGCCCCGUUGUUUCGGCGAUUCGACGUCGUAUCACCCGGGUCAUUACACCCGGCACCGUGGUCGAGGAACGGUUCCUUGAUUCACACGCUUACAAUUAUCUGUUGGCCGUCUCGCCUCGUCGAACCAAUAAUGCACUGGAACCAUCUUCCGUCGGGCUAGCUUGGGUCGAUCUAUCCAUUGGCGAAUUCGUCAUGCAAGAGACCCAGUGGCUCGCCUUCAAAGACGAUAUUGCACGCAUUAAUCCGCGCGAAGUCAUCCUCCCGGAAUCCGUAAAACGACUGCAAUCCACCAUUCCCGAUUACCAGCUUUUGCUGCAGGCAUUGCAAAGCGACAGUAAUAUUGCUGUUACGUACCAACCUGACACUACCUUUGACGCUGACACCGGCCGUCAAACCGUCGCUAUGUUGUUUCGAAGCAACCCGUUACUCGCAUCGCCUGACACCACCCAGCUCGAAUCCGAAAAGGAAUCCGAACUUUUCGGCGACGCGGAAUAUGCGGCUUCCAACGCUCUACUUUCGUAUAUCGGUGAGACCCACAUGGACCAGAAACCGAAAUUGCAACCGCCUGUACGUUUUGCUGUGGAGGAUACCGUGCGAAUCGACAGUGCGGCCAUGGCGUCGCUUGAACUUGUCAAGUCACUUAAAGAGGGCAAAAGAUCUGACAGUUUGCUGGGCGUCAUCAACCAUACCGUAACUCAUGCGGGAGCCCGUUUACUUGCUCGAUGGGUCGCUUCGCCUUUAGCUUCCUUGGAAGCCAUUGAAAAACGAUUGGACGUGGUUUCCUUCUUCCACCACGACAGAUACCUUUUGGAUGAUUUUCGAUUACUGCUGAAACAGAGUUCAGAUGUGCAACGCGCUUUGCAGCGGUUAGCCCUGAAUCGAGGUCAGCACACCGAUUUGAUCGAAAUUGGCGCUACUUUGAAAGCCAUGUUCAAUGUGAAAAACUUGUUGAUGGAUGCCUGGAAAAAUUGUGACGAUGCCCAUCGGUUCGUGGCAGUGCAAGACCUGAUGGCAUCGCUUGAUUCCCAUGACGCCUUAGCCUCUCACAUUGACAAGGCUUUCGACAGCGACCGAAUUGCGAACCGCGAUGGGAAGGGUCAAGAUUAUGGAUACAUUCACCGUGACUUUAGCCCAAAAUUGAAACGCUGUUACAAGCAACUCGAUUGGUUGCACUCGCAGCGUGAAACCCUUCAAGCCGAUCUUCGAAGUCUCUGUGGCAACUCGCUCCAACUAGUCAAUACCGGGCCUUUACGUCAUGUCGUGGAACUGAACGCUUCUCGGGCCAGCAAAUUAUUAGCCCAGCAUUCCGCCACCUUGAUCAACAAGACGAAGUCAAAGCACCGCUAUCACAUCGAAGAAUGGACAGAACUGUCACUGAAAAUCGAACUGACGGAAGCAUCAAUUAUGGAAAUUGAACAGCAGGUAUUCAAAGAUACUGUCGCUGACCUGUUGGAAAACUCGGCCGGGAUCAUGCGCAGUUGCCGAAUUUUGGCCCAGUUGGAUGCAUUGGCGUGUUUUGCUUAUCUGGCACGCGAGUAUCGAUUUACACGACCGACAAUGACCCUCGAGAAUGAGAUCCGCAUCGUGGACGGACGCCAUCCCGUGGUGGAAGCGAACCUUGCAAAAAAUGGGCGUAUGUUUGUCAAGAACGAUUGUACUUUGGCGGAGCGUCAGCGGUUAUGGUUGUUGACGGGUCCCAAUAUGGGUGGGAAAAGUACGUUCCUGCGUCAAAAUGCCAUCAUUGUCCUGCUGGCCCAUAUUGGUUGUUUUGUGCCUGCAAAGCACGCGACCAUUGGGAUGGUAGAUCGUAUUUUCAGUCGUGUGGGGGCGAGUGAUAAUUUGGCUCAAGAUCAGUCGACUUUUAUGGUGGAAAUGGUGGAAACGGCCACCAUUUUGAACCAUGCCACGGAUCGGUCACUGGUGAUUAUGGAUGAAGUGGGACGCGGGACCGCUACUGCCGAUGGAUUUUCACUGGCUUACUCCAUCUUGAACUAUUUGCAUGAUCACAUUGGUUGCCGUACCUUGUUUGCGACCCACUACCAUGAACUAGCCGAUGCCGUGGCUCGUUACGAUCAAAUCGCCUGUUUUAUGACUUCUCUAGACGAAGCUCACGACGAUCAAGGAAGCUUUUGGUUUGUGCACAAAGUCAAGCCGGGCGUUUGUCGACAAUCGCACGGACUGAAAGUGGCCCGAUUAGCAGGGCUUCCAUCGUCUGUCAUUACAUUAGCAGAACAAACGUGGCGAUCUAUUCAGCAAUCGGAUCGUCUAUUGAAGCCAUAGUAACCCACCUCAUUCUUGCACACUAUCAAGCGAUAGUUAUCCUUUCCUCAUCGCAUCACAUUGUAAACCUGUACAUUCCCAGCAUAUUUUUUCUCUCAUCAAUAUAAAGUCCAUACCUAAUUGACUUUAUUAUCCAUAUCGACAGCGAGCUUUACUUGUUGAUAAUACAAGUAAAUAUUACAAAGACG